CCUACGUCUUUCCCCCGCCACCCUCUCGUUUCCCAUGAUCCUUCUCGCAACCCGGAAGCAGAGAGCCAGGCUGUUUCUCGGAAGUGCGUUUGUGCUGGUGGCAGGCCACGUGUUUGCGUUGCACGAGUGAGGCAGAAGACGGGGAAAGAUCGGGGAAAGUGCGGCGAUCUCCGAGAAGCAGCCAUGGCCGUCCGUGCGUCUUUUGAAAACAACAACGAGAUCGGCUGCUUUGCCAAACUGACCAACACCUACUGUCUAGUGGCCAUUGGGGGGUCAGAGAACUUCUACAGUGUGUUUGAAGGAGAACUCUCCGAGACCAUACCGGUUGUACAUGCCUCUAUCGCUGGCUGCAGAAUCAUUGGGAGGAUGUGCGUUGGCAACAGACAUGGCCUGAUGGUUCCAAACAACACAACGGAUCAAGAACUCCAGCACAUUAGAAACAGCUUACCCGACUCUGUUCGAAUUCAGAGAGUAGAGGAGCGCCUCUCGGCCUUGGGCAACGUUAUUGCAUGUAAUGACUACGUGGCUCUCGUACAUCCAGAUCUUGACAGGGAGACAGAAGAGAUCUUGGCAGACGUCCUUAAAGUUGAGGUCUUUAGACAGACCAUAGCCGAUCAAGUACUUGUAGGCAGUUAUUGCGCCUUUAGUAACCAAGGAGGCCUGCUACAUCCCAAAACAUCUAUUGAGGAUCAAGAUGAACUGUCUUCUCUACUUCAGGUCCCUCUUGUGACGGGAACAGUAAACCGGGGCAGUGAAGUGAUCGCGGCAGGAAUGGUUGUGAACGACUGGUGCGCUUUUUGCGGCUUGGAUACCACAAGUACAGAACUGUCUGUAAUAGAAAGUGUCUUUAAACUGAGCGACGCACAUCCCAGUACUAUUGCCACCAGCAUGAGAGACUCCCUCAUUGACAGUUUAACAUAAAAAAAAAGUCAAGCUUCAGCACUGAUGGUUUCUUGCUGUAACACGCCGCUCUGUCCUUAGCCGGCCUUCUCACCCAAACUGGACUUUCAAGAUCACGGUCACCCAAAUAUGUCAUUGUUCAUCUGUCAAUGCAUUUAACGGUAUCUGAAAUAAAAAAUAUAACGUUUCCUUACUGCAGUUUGUGAAAGGGGGAAAAAAAAGUGUUUUAGCUUUUCUUUGCUAUAUUGCACUUAUAUACUAUAUACUCUAGGUUAUGAAAAAUAAACAUUUUUAUUACUCAAAAAAAA